AUGUUGUACGCAGCAGGGAAAAAGGUACUUGCUGCAACAAAAAUGGUAGUAGGAGCAGCUCCAGAAUCAACUCCUGACCAGAAAGCAAAUGCAGCACUUUGGAUCAAGGUUUUACAAAAGGCUCUAGACAACCAGACAAAGCAACUUCAUGGAAUUGAAGAAGGAUCAAGAAUCAAGAGGCAACAUAUUGAGGCUGCUUCAAUUGAAUCAUCCACAAGGACGAACGAGAACUCACCCUUGGCAUUGCAUCCAGAUCUUCCCCGAACGCCUCCCAAGAAGCAAUGUGGCAAGGCAGCAGCUUCAUUGGACGAGAUUCUAUCCAUGGCCCGAGCAAUCACUCGCCGGACACCUUCAGCUCCUAGUACUAGCACACAAAUCACUGAAAAUGGCACUGUUGUAGCCAAACAGAGAAGGAUUGAAGAAGACGAAGGGCAAGCUUUGCCAACCCCGCUUCCAAAAACCAAUCUCUUCUCCGCCUCUCAAGAUGCCAGGAGGAAGCAACAAGACUAUCGAUUUCCAGCGACAAGUGGACAAAGAUCAAGAUCCAUGCAUGCUGGCCCGGAGAACACCAGCCUAUAUGCAUAUGGGAACAAAGUUGUCAAAAUUUGUAAUGGCCAUGGCAUGGGAACUGUAGAUAUCGACAAUGUGUCUCUACGCUCAAAGCUUGAGGAGGCCGCUGCAAAGUACAUUAUGGAAGUGGAAGCCUCUUUGCAUGAGAUUUCUGACAUCCAUAACGCCGAAAACGAAACGGAUGAUUGUCGUUGCUCCCAAAGAGACAGGGCAGAUCGAAGAUGCAUGAAUGCAAAGGAGCAUGGAGGCAAAUGCAGAUUCACAAGGGAGGGAUCCAUUUCCUUCACCACCGCCCUUGACAUAGUCAAGUCACUCACAGGUCCAGAAAUAUUGAAAUUGGCUGGCUUGGAUGAUGUGAAGACGUUGAAAGGGCAGGGCAAUUGGAUUCAAGCCCGAGGCAUCAUUGCUGAUGUAUACCAAGGCGAACAAGCAACAGAGUAUUUGGAAAGGGUGGAUUCACAAGAAACCUAUUACAACACUGAUUUCAUGCCUCACCUUCGGGCCGUGUCACAACAUCAAUGUAACUGUUUGACUUGUGGAUUCUGCGACAAAGAUAACAUUGAUGACAUCAAAUGUCCUCAGAAACACAGCCACCUGCCAAGUUGCAAGCGAUGCGUUCAUGGAUUUGCAAUGUUUCAAGAAAUGAAGACUGAUAUCCAACUCAAGGAAGACUCAGCAAAAGCAGCCGGCACAAGUCCCAUGGAACUGCAGAAACUUGACCAGCUCAAGUGCGACGUCGAGACUUGUAUCUCCAGCCUUCGAGAAUACAGAGGUCAUCUUGCCCAUCACACUUCAGAAGAAGAACAAGCAAUGGCUGAGUUGGAAAACUUGGAAGACGACACCGCCAUUGUCACUUCCGAUUACAAGAUGAAAAUUAUAUCUUGCUUUUAUCGAGAGAACCAAAGAAAAUGGAAGCAAGGUACUCCGAUGCUUGGGUUCAUGAUUGUAACAAAUUCAGAAGAUGCUUUAUUGAAGGAGAAGGGAGUCAAGGAUGUCUCGUUUGUAAUGCUGGCUACCAAUGAUGCCUGUCAGGACGAUUGGGCAGUAGCGUGCGCCAAGUCCUAUGUUUAUGAGAAUCACCUCCCAGAUCAUGUAAAGAAGACAAUUUUUGUUGCUGAUGGAGCUGGAUGUUUCAGAUUGAAACUUCAUUGUGUAAUUCAACCUUUCUGGGAGCACUGGGUUAAUAUUAGGGAAAUCAGGUUUUGGCUCACUCCCACGGGCAACGGAAAGACAAAUUUGGACAGAAUGUUUGGCAGGACGUCCAUUGUCUUAUCAACUGCCGUUGACAAUGGUGGACACUACUACAACUCAGACACCAUUUUGGAUUGCAUCGAACAAUCCAGGGGCCUAUUGUCAACUGUUUUUGCUGGAUACCUGCCAAGUCAAGAGAACCAACUUUCAAUUGAGCUUGCAAAGGGGGAGAGGUUCAGCUCCAGCAUCCUAACUACGGAUCCUCUUUGUCAAGACAUUCCAAACACUGGUAUCAACAAUGUAUUUUUGAUGGCUUUCAAGCAUACUGGUUCUGGAUCAGGAGAGCGCUUGUUCCAUUCAAAGUUUGUCUUGCACAUGCCAGAGGGAGAAACAGCGAGACUAGUGGACAUCUACGACACGGAGACCGGAUUGAACUUUGAUCUUGUUGAACUUUGCAAGCCGUCUUGGACAAGCCUUUGGACUACCACCAAUGCAAAGCAAGAGAAGCAAUCCCAUCUGUCCAGACCAGGAGAAGGGCCAAACUCGAAGGUGGUCCGUUCUAAGAAUCAGCAGAAUCGGGCCAAGACAAAAAGCAAGAAGAUUCAAGAUACUGUCAAUGACAGAAGACAGCAGCAGAAGGAUUCUGGUCUGUUUCUGUGUGAUGAUAAGCCCGAUAUAGUUCCAUCUAAUCCAAAGACAGAUGGCCAAGUUGGUUUCCUGCUGCAAUGUUUUGGCCUAGAAGCAAAACUGAAUCCAAGUCAGACAAUGGCAAAGAUGAAGCAGGAGAUUGAUCCUGUGGACAAUGGUCUGAAGUUUUGUUCUUCCAAGGCUCACUUGCAAACCAAUGGAAGUGUCCUGAGCGAGGAGCAGAUUGGUUUGUGGCAGAGCCAGGAAGUGAAGAAACGAGAGAAUGCAUUCAGGCUUCACAGGGGAGCAACAACCAACGCGCAGAGGCCAGGAUUGCUAGAGAAGAGGAAGAAAGGGCCAGAAUUCAAGAACUUGUAG